GGCUCGUGUACCACAUUCUCGGGUCUGUGGGGACACGGUGAUCGGCCGGAGAGAACGAUGAACACGAUUUGGGUAUUAGCAGUUGUGGUCGGGGUAGCGUCAGCAGACGUUAGUCUCGGUUACCAAUAUAAUCCACCAUCUACAACCUUUGCCAUCCCAUCGUAUCCAGUUGGUAGUAGCAACUUCAACAGUGCAUACGCAACAACCAACAACGUCGCCAGCUCUGGAGUGGGUUCCGGACUUGGUUCGAGUUACAGCUCCGGCGUCGGCUCCGGCCAUGGUUCAAGCCUUGGUUCUGGCCUAGUACAAAGCUCAAAUGGAAAUACCGGUUCGGGCUACAAUUACAAUGGACUCAGCUCAGGAACCGGUUCAUCUUCUCAUUACAACGUAUUGGGAUCCACCAAUUACAACACUGCUGGCUCAAGCUCUGGAUCUAAGUACAAUGUUGAUACAUCAGGCCUUGGUUCCAGAUAUAAUACAUUUGGAUCCUCUGGAGUAACUGGAUCUGGCUCAGGAUCAAAGUACAACUUUGGUUCAUCUGGCAGUGGAUCUAAUUCAAACUAUAACACCGGCGGCAAUGCGGAUUCAGGCUUUGGUUCCAAUUACAACGUCUUUGGCACUAAUGGUGCUCAUGGCUCAAACUACAAUGGUGGACAGCAAGGAGUCUACCAAGGGUCAACAUUCGAACAAAAUUCCGGUUACCAAAGUACAUACCAUACUACCGCCGACACCAGUGGUCUCGACAAUAUCGGCAGUUACUAUCAAUCUGCAAGUGCUGCUAAUCAAUUCAUUUCAUCAAACCAGUACCAAAGUGCUGCCGCGCCAAAUUAUAACGAAUAUUACAAUCAAGUGCAGCACCAACCAGCUCAAGUAUUUAAGCACUUCUACGUUCAUGCCGCUCCUGAAGACCCGGAACCAACAAAACCACGACAACCAAUAGUACUACCUCCACCCCAAAAGCAUUAUAAAAUUAUCUUCAUCAAGGCACCAACUCAACCGGCGCAAGUUCCUCAAGUAAUUCCAGUACCACAACAGAAUGAAGAAAAGACUAUUGUUUAUGUCCUUGUUAAGAAACCAGAAGAUAUGAAGAACAUUGUUUUACCUAAAUUCGAGCAAAAGGCUCCAACUAAACCUGAGGUCUUCUUUAUAAAAUACAAUAAUAAACAUGACUCCCAAUCUUUGAUUGACAAUAUCGUUAGUGACUACAACAAAGGAGGAGUUUCCGCUACAUUCUCUGGUGCAGGUGUUGCUGGCUCCGAUUUUAAAACUGGCUCUUCACAGUCAUCUUCUUCUUCAAGUAUCUCCGGAGAAGAUACCGAUGAUACGUCUUCUGUCUCUCUAGAAUCUAUUUUCGGUAGCUCUGGUAGUUCUAGCUUAUCAACGGCUGGAAUUUCUUCAACCACUCCCAGUUACGGGUCUGGCUCUGGUCUUACUAGUGGAUUAACAAACUCUGGAAGUAGUUUCUCUUCAGGUUUUGGUUCUGGUAGUAGCAGUUCAACCAACUUUGGGUCCGGUUCAAGCAGCUUUGGUUCAGGGGGCAAACUUUCUUCCGGUACUACUGGCAGUUCUGGAAACUUUGGUUCUUCCUCCGGUGCCUAUGGGUCCGGUUCUGGUAACUAUGGUUCUGGUAGUUUUGGUUCGAGCUCCAAUAAGUAUACUUCUGGAUCAGGAAGUUUUGGAUCUAGUUCUAGCAAUUUAGGCUCUAAUCAAUUUGAAUCUAGCUCAAGUAACAAAUACGGAUCAAGCUCUGGUGGCUAUAGUUCAAGUUCAGGAAGUUUUGGUUCCGGUUCCACUGGAUUAGUUUCCAAAUUUGGCCCUCAGCCUUCCAAAACAGGUUCAGGUAGUCAGCUUGCUACUAGUUCUAUUGGUUCAUCAAAUAUAGGAAAUAACUAUGCAUCAACUACUAGUAACUUGGGAGCAAACUCCGGUAGUUUUGGUACUGGUUCUACCAGUUCGGGUACUAACAAAUUUAGUUCUACUUCUAGCAGUUUCGAUUCUACUUCUUUGUCUUCUAAUUCUGGUUUACCAAGUACAUCAGCUGCAAAGCCAACCACUUUCGGCUCAAGCCUUUCAACCGGAACUCUUGGAACAAGCUCUGGAAGUCUUUCUUCUGGCAAUAUUGAUUCCGGCCUUAGCAGCAUCAGUUCAGGUUAUAGUUCCGGCUCUAAUGGCUACGAAUCUGUUUCCAAUAGCUUCGAUAAUAAUUCUGGCAGUGUCAAUUCCGAUUUUAGUAACUUGGGUUCGGACAAGUAUAGCACUGGCUCAGGCAGUACAAAUUCUAAGUAUGAAUCAACUGUUUUUACAACUAGUCAAGGUGUCCCUCAUGAAACUUAUGGCGUACCUAAAUUUAAAGCAUUAUAGAUUAAUAAUGACUUUAU